AUGGCCUCAGCAGCUCUGGAGUUGAUGGGCUUCUUCCUGGGCCUUCUGGGGAUGCUGGGAACCCUGGUUGCCACGGUGCUGCCGUACUGGCGGAUUUCUGCGCACGUGGGCUCCAACAUCGUGACGGUGGUGAUGAACAUGCGGGGCCUGUGGAUGGAGUGCGUCUACCAGAGCACGGGGGCCUUCCAGUGCGAGACCUACAACUCCAUGCUGGCGCUGCCCUCUGACCUCCAGGCUUCUCGAGCCCUCAUGGUCAUCUCUGUCGUGCUGUCCAUCCUGGCGGUUGCCAUGGCAGCCCUGGGGAUGCAGUGCACUCUCUGCUUGGAGGGCUCAGGUGCGGUAAAGAGUCGCAUAGCGGGGGCCGGUGGGGGGUUGUUCCUCUCUGCAGGCUUCUUGUCUCUCGUGCCCGUGGCGUGGACCACGCACGAGGUGGUCCAGACGUUCUACAGCUCCAACAUCCCAGCCGGCAUGAAGUACGAGCUGGGCGAGUGCCUGUACCUCGGCCUGGCCUCGGCGCUCAUCUCCAUGCUGGGUGGGGGGAUGCUGAGCGUGUCGUGCUGGGAGGAACACGAGGGGGGCCGCGGGAGGCGGCACGGCGGAGGAUACCCGUACCCUUCAGGGGUCGCCAUGACGGCCUCGGGGGUUCGAACGACCACGCAGACCUACCGCAACCCCACCGUGCAGGUGGGCGUGGCCAGCAGGGGGCAGACACUCCUCCGCAGCACAGGCAGCUCAGAGUCCAGCGCUCACGCAGGUCAGGGAGCGAAGAAGCCCCCGGCGGCAGGAUAUGACAUCACAGGAUACGUGUGA